UAAGUAUGCGGCACGAAGAGCUCAACUGAUCACAGAACACACUAUGGGCGUCUAUUUUCUUCUGUUCACUGUGGGGCUUUGCUGGGCACAGUACAAUCCCAACACUCAGCCCGGGAGAACGUCUAUCGUGCAUCUCUUUGAAUGGCGCUGGGCCGAUAUUGCUCUGGAGUGUGAGCGCUAUUUAGCUCCUAGCGGGUUUGGCGGAGUUCAGAUUUCGCCUCCAAAUGAAAAUCUUGUCAUUGCUGAUCCCUCGCGUCCGUGGUGGGAAAGAUACCAGCCAGUCAGCUACAAACUCUGCACGCGAUCGGGAAACGAAACUGAAUUUAGAGACAUGGUGACCAGGUGCAACAAUGUUGGUGUAUAUGUUUAUGCAGAUGCAGUAGUAAACCACAUGUGUGGAGGUAAUGGUGGUGCUGGCAAUCAUUCUGCUUGUGGAAGCUAUUUCAAUGCUGAGAAGGAAGAUUUUCCAGCUGUGCCAUAUUCUGCCUGGGAUUUUAAUGAUGCUAAAUGUAAAUCCAGAAGUGGAGACAUUGAGGAUUAUCAAGAUGUGCCUCAGGUCCGAAACUGCCGCUUAGUUAAUCUUCUUGAUUUGGCCCUGGAGAAGAACUACGUGCGCUCCAAAAUUGCAGAGUACAUGAAUUACCUCAUUGACAUCGGUGUAGCUGGGUUCCGGAUUGACGCUGCCAAGCAUAUGUGGCCAGGGGAUGUGAAGGCAAUUUUAGAUGAGCUGAAAGAUCUAAAUACGAAAUGGUUUUCUGCAGGAGCUAAGCCCUUCAUUUAUCAGGAAGUAAUUGAUUUGGGAGGAGAGCCAAUCACAGGCAGUCAGUACUUCGGAAAUGGCCGAGUGACAGAGUUCAAGUACGGUGCAAAACUGGGGACGGUGAUCCGCAAGUGGAACGGAGAGAAGAUGGCCUACUUAAAGAACUGGGGAGAAGGCUGGGGCUUUGUGCCUUCUGACAGAGCCCUGGUCUUUGUGGAUAACCACGACAACCAGCGGGGGCACGGGGCAGGCGGAGCUUCCAUUCUUACCUUCUGGGAUGCCAGGCUUUAUAAAAUGGCAGUCGGUUUCAUGCUCGCUCAUCCGUACGGCUUCACGCGGGUGAUGUCAAGUUAUCGUUGGCCGAGAUAUUUCGAGAAUGGAGCGGAUGUCAACGACUGGGUUGGUCCGCCCAGUAACUCGGACGGAUCGACGAAGUCCGUGACAAUCAAUGCAGAUACUACUUGCGGCAACGACUGGGUCUGUGAACAUCGCUGGCGACAAAUAAGGAACAUGGUUGUCUUCCGUAACGUGGUAGACGGUCAGCCUUUCUCAAACUGGUGGGACAACGGGAGCAAUCAAGUAGCUUUUGGUCGCGGCAACAGAGGCUUCAUCGUCUUUAAUAAUGACGACUGGUGAGUGAUCUCUGGGACAGCUACGUAUGAGUUCGC